GAUACCGACAAAGUUCCAAACCAGCACGAGAAAAAUGAUUUAAAAGCCGCUGGUUUAGGGAUGGCUAGAGUCACAUUCUCAGACAAAAACUGUGAUGCUGUUGGAUUUAUUGAAGUCCUCGCAGGAUUUUAUCCAAAAUUAGAAAGAAACGGAUUCGAACUUCUGCGGUCCAUUGGUGGUGCUAACCGUUGCCUGCAGGUCAUUCCACUACCAGCAACUGGAUAUACACCCAACUAUUUAAGGUCACCGCAUUCAUGUGUUAAUGCGGCCACAUGUUAUAUUCGGCCGAUACAGGGAGAUCUGGACGCAUCACCACGUGAGGGGUGUUGCGGUAACCGUCGCAUGCAAGAAAUGUGGGGUAGAUAUCAUCAUGGGGGAGCUUCGCAGGCAUAUGGACACUUGCUUCAAUCCUAAAUCAAUAAGGUUGAGACAGCUGGAGGAAGCACCUUCAUGUUCAUCCCAAGAGAAGUGUGAAGUUCCUCCGGUUGAAAAGUUGAAGUUGGGUCUGAGUGUGUUACGGAGAAUGGGGUGUCUUCACCAGUUGCCACCUGUUCAAUAUGAUGGGCUGGAAGGACAUGUGACGUCUUUUGUUUAUGUGGAUAACAAAUGGUCGUGGCCGCCACCACAAUCUACAAGCAAAAGGCACAUGGCUGUGGCUGAUCCUGGUGGACACAGGACUGCCUACAAAGCGGAAUGCCUGUGGGCCGACCAAGGAGCAGGUGUUUCACCUGGCCACACGUAUGGGUUCAAGGAGUUGGCAAAUUCCUGACAGACAUUGAAAUUGCAACGGAUGAGAUGGUUGGUGAAGAUGGGAGCCUAUGAACAAUAUGAAGAUUGCAAUAUUUCAAACUAUUCAGCAAGGAUUACUUUGGAUUCGGAAACACAAAAAUGAACUGAAAGGAACAGUUUCAGUGCCACGGCCACGCCACUCACAAAUAUUGGCGCUCUGUGCUCACAUUAUAAAUUCAGAAGUUGAUAUAGAUCAUGAACUAGCUGACAUCACGGCUUUUUAAUUUAACAACAGGUGUGAUAUGGAAAGAUUUUUGAAGGAGCUGCAUGAUGAUGCCAUGUUUGCAUUAAAUGUAAUAUUGAAACCAGAUGAGUGUUGUGAUUAAAAUUGUAAAUGCAUUUGUAAUAAUUUUAUUGGAUCUCUAUAGUUCACAUGCUAAUAAAGUUUAUC